GAGGGGCGGAGUUAGUAGCGCACUGGCAGCGCACAAGACGCACAGCCCUCCGGAGCUCUGUUGAUAUAGGCAGCGCUGUCCUUUCACCGGAGGUUAUGGCUGAGGACCUUGCAAAGAGAAGAGGACAACUCGGGUUAUUUGAAAACUAUGCGUUUAUGUGAACUGUUUUACGCAGUGGCUGUGAUGAGCUCCAAAUCAAACAGGCGUUGAACCUGCUACAAUGUCACAUGCACAGGUUGAGAUACCACGCGGUUUCCCAGGCCUCUCUGUGGAUAUGACUGACGACUGCUUAUACCGGGUCCCAUCCGUGCUGAGGACGCACGGUUUGGGCGCACGAAGAAACUCUUAUGGGCUGCAAAAGAUUAGCAUGGACAUUGAUUCGCCGCUAUACAGCGGCGUUCUUUCCAAAGCCUUGUCCUGGUCAGCUGAGAAUAUCCCAACACUGACCGAGUCCAGAGCAGAAGAUGAAAAAAUCGACUCUCCGCCGUCGCCUUCCCCUGUUUCCAGCCCGGGCACCAGCUCCAACACGCCCCCCAGCAGCCAGGAGCCCGACGCCGGAUCUCUCACAGGGAACUGGGAUCCCGUACCGAGAUCCAUUGCUCAGGACGCCAGCUCAGAGUCUGACAAUGAACUUCAAAACAAACCACACAAAACUUUGUCCCGCAUCACGUCUGAUAGUCAGUGGCAGCAGGAGCAGGAAGAGAAAGAGGACGUGGAGACCAAAGCGGUGGCAACCUCGCCUGAUGGAAGAUACCUUAAAUUCAACAUAGAGAUCGGAAGGGGAUCUUUCAAGACGGUCUAUAAAGGACUGGACACAGAGACAACAGUGGAGGUUGCAUGGUGUGAGCUACAGACCCGUAAACUGACCAAAGCAGAGCGGCAGCGUUUCAGCGAGGAGGUGGACAUGCUGAAAGGCCUGCAGCACCCGAACAUCGUCCGCUUCCACGACUCCUGGAAGUCGUCAGUAAAGGGCCACAAGUGCAUCAUCCUGGUGACUGAACUCAUGACCUCAGGCACGCUCAAAACGUACUUGAAGAGGUUCAAGGAGAUGAAGCUGAAGCUGCUGCAGCGCUGGAGUCGUCAGAUCCUCAAAGGGCUUCACUUCCUGCACACGCGCACUCCUCCCAUCAUCCACCGGGACCUCAAGUGUGACAACAUUUUCAUCACCGGCCCCAUCGGCUCCGUCAAGAUAGGAGAUCUGGGGCUGGCCACUCUCAAAAGUGCCUCUUUUGCUAAAAGUGUCAUUGGAACUCCAGAGUUCAUGGCCCCAGAGAUGUACGAGGAGAGGUACGACGAGGCGGUGGACGUCUACGCCUUUGGAAUGUGCAUCCUGGAGAUGGCCACCUCUGAGUACCCGUACUCCGAGUGCCAAAACGCCGCACAGAUCUACCGCAAAGUCACCAGUGGAAUGAAACCUGACAGUUUCUACAAAGUCAAAGUCCCAGAGCUCAAGGAGAUCAUUGAGGGCUGCAUUCGUAUGAACAACGACGAAAGGUACACCAUUCAGGACCUCCUGGAACACCCCUUCUUCCAGGAGAACAAUGGCGUGCACGUGGAGCUAGCAGAGGAGGACGACAUGGUGAAGUCGGGCCUGAAGCUGUGGCUGCGCAUGGACGACACCAAGAAGCUCCACGGGAAGUACAAGGACAACAACGCCAUCGAGUUUCUCUUUGAGCUGUACAAAGACGUACCCGAGGAGGUGUCUCAGGAGAUGGUCGUACUUGGCUUCGUGUGUGAGGCAGACUUUAAGCUCGUGGCCAAGGCCAUACGGGACAGGGUGGCGGCCAUCAAGCGCCAGAGAGAGAAGCUGAGGCGGCACGCGGAGCAGCGGAAGAAGAAGCAGGAGCAAGAAGCCAUAGAAGAGGAAGCAGAGACUCUCCCUCCUUUGCCUAAAGUCAGCGAGUCCUCGACCCCGGCCAUCACCCUGUCCCCUGUCACCAGCUCUGUGGACUCUGGCGUUAGCUCCAACUACCCUGCAGAGGCAGAGGAGCCCGAGGCAGACCAGCACUUCCACUUGCGCUUCAACAGCAUGUCCUCUGCUAAUUCUGACUGCGAGACGGAUGGCUAUCUGAGCUCCUCUGGGCUUCAGGAUCUGCUGGAGCCCAGCAAUUUCAACACGUCUGCGACCCCUCCCACCACGCACACCAACCCCCCGACUGCAAAUGGUCUCUCCAUCCCAGCCCUGCGCUUCCCUUCGAGUAUUGCAGUUUCCAGCAACAUAGAGCGUGGCACCUCAGGGCCCACAAGUGGCUUUAACUCUCCUGUGGAAAGCUACGCCUCCGAUGUGACUUCAGGCUUGAGCGACGGCUACGAGGGCCUAUCGGAGAAGAGCGAGAAAACUGCUGCAAAGCGAACUGCCGGGAAGCUGUUCAGGAGGAGGUCACGCUCCAGACUUCGCAUCACAGGGCUCUCUGAUAAAGUGGACCGGGUGGUGGAGUGUCAGCUGCAGACGCACAAUGACAAGAUGGUUACCUUCAAGUUUGACCUGGACGGAGAUAACCCUGAAGACAUUGCUGCUGUCAUGGUGCACAAUGAGUUCAUCCUGCCAUCAGAGAAGGAGGGCUUCAUCCACCGCAUGGGCGACAUCAUCAAACGGGCCGAGGCUCUGAUGGCCAAAGAGCAUCCGGUCCACUCCAGCGGGACCCGAGUUCCCCAGCCUGCUUAUCACAACGGGGUUAACCCAUUGUCUUCCUCACAGCCUAAUCUGCACACACUGCCUCGACCACACUCCUAUUCUCUGCCUGGGGUUUGUGGCUCUAACCCGUGCCCCAAUGAAGACGUCUUCUGUCCAGACAUUACUUCACCUGGGCGACCUCUACUACGCUCACAGUCUUUCCACAACGCCCCAGGGUCUCCCCUCCCUUUUCAGCACCACCACAACCCUGCGUCUCUCCUGCCGCACCACCAGCACUACUACUUGUCCUUCAUGGGCCACAGUCCCUUCCCAUUCCCAUACCCAGGCGCUCCGGGUUCCCCCGAACCAGGCAUCCAUCCUCCGCUCACACGUGUAGCUAGUAACCCCUCCUUCCCCACUGUUCACUCACCAGCCCCCGGUUCCCCAAUUCCUCCAAAUGAGACCCCAAGCCCUUGCAGCAAUGAUGGUGCCACCAUGUCUCCACCUGCCCCUCAGCAUCCCAACAUGUGGCCCUCCCACACGCAGCCCUUGUUUUCCUUAGCUAAUGUCAUCUCCAUGGCCAUGAGCAUGGCCCAGUCUUUCAUCCCUCCUGCAGGCAUGCCCACCCAAGGGAUGCCCUCCUAUCCAGGCUACCACCACCAGCUACCUACUCACAUGGCCCCACAGUCAGGUUACCCUUCCAUCUACCCACAGCAUUACCAGACCUCAGCAGUAGAGGUGCCUUACCCCACAGCGCAGAACGUCUACUAUAGCCCUGAUACGCCUCUAAUGGAAGAAGGCGGUUUUCCUCCGAGCAGUCAUCCAAGCUGGAUGCAUCCUGUUUCUCCACCUUCUAUGUCUUCCACUCCUCCACUGCUUCCUCAGGAGCCUUUACAGCAGGCUGGACUAUCCAGUCCCCCCAGCCUGACCCAGGAGGACAGUCGCCACAGUUAUGUGGCCUCAUACUCAGCACAGAUUCCAGCCCAGGCUGAACCCAAAUCAGAAGUCUCCAGUUCAAACUCCUUGUCAGAUCUGUCCUCAUCACCCUCAGAGAGCCCAGGAAGCACUUUAUCAUCCUUCAGCACUGCAUUGCAACCCACUGUACCUGAGAUGAAAACCAGUACCCCAACACCAAAAGCCUCUUCCACUGAAUCUGAAGUCCUGUCUGCCCCAGUCACUGUUGGGCGAUUCCAGGUGACACCCAGCAUGCACAUCCCUGCGCCCACUGUGCCAGUAGGUGCUGUACCUGCUGCACCGCAGCCAGCAGACAGCGGCAGCACUCUGUCAGAGAGCAGCACAGAGGAGCAGGGGGAGUCUGAGACGAGCCUGGCCACCUCCCUCACCAUGUCCCCCCCACACCCACAUCCCCACAGCGGGUCGACAGGGGUCGUCCAGGACGUUGACGGGCUGGCGGGAUGGGCUGGGAGCAAGGAGCAGCAGCAGCAGCGAGCCAGAGAAGAAGAGGAUGAGGAGGGAGAGGUUAUUGGGGAACGACUGAGGACGAGGAAAAGGAGUCGGAGGAGAGCGCACAGCCUGAGCCUGAUGGGAACGUCCGCGGACAGCGGACUCUCAGUGACUGCUGCGGAGUUGGAGGGGAGACUGUGGGACGGAGCGUCAGGCAGCCCUCAGUACAGCAAUGCCCUUCAUCAUCUCUGGACGAUGACUUACAACCGCAACGCUCCCUACAUCAGCAGCGAUGACUCCGACAGUGACGACGCGGAGAUGCUGUUAGAGCUUCAGGAACUCCGAGAGAAACACCUAAAGGAGGUGCAGGCCCUGCAGGCCGCCCAGAAGAGAGAGAUUGAGGAGCUGUAUGAGAAGAUGGGCAAGGUCCCCCCCCCAGGCAUCGUCUCUCCUGCUGCUAUGCUGUCCAGUCGUCAGCGCCGCCUGUCCAAGGGGGGCGCCUUCCCCUCGUCCCGCAGGAACAGCCUGCAGCGCUUGGACAUGUUGCCAAUCCCAGGUAUCAUAAGGAGAAACUCCCUUGGAGGCAGCAGCAGCAGCUCCCAGGAUAAACAAAGCAAAGGGGUCACCUUUGCCACUGACAGUAGAAAAUAAGAAACUCUCAGCCAAGCACGCUGUAUAUCUGGACUACCUCAUCUGAAGUGUAACUGCAGUGGUCAAACCCGUCCCGUAGGCGGAUCACUUUAACACUUUCCACUGGCACACCGAUCAGCAAACUGCUUCCCUCUGCCAGUGGUCAUUUACCUCAACCUAUUUUCAAUAUGUAUAUAGAAACUUUCAUCAAUAAAGCUGGAUUUACACAGGAACUGUAAAAUCCAGCUUUCAGCCGUCCGUCAGAUCUGGUGAAUUUGUUGCAGCGGAAGAACAAAAACACCUUCCAAUCUGGUUAAUGGUUAAAAAUGAUAAAGUUUAUUAUUGCUCUUUUGUAAAUAAGAAUAAACGGUUCAGAAUGAAUCAACUUUAGUCCAGGCAGCCGAUACACGGUACUCUGCAAAACAGGUUCCUUUAGAUGUUUUUUUUUUCUUCUGAGCAAGCUUGUUAGCAUUAAUGCAGUCAGAGUGGUGGUACAAAGUGCUGCGCAGUCGUAGUCUUUUGAGCUCCGGUGGCACUUUACUAUGACUUUGAACCAGAGUGAAGAUCCUGUUCCUGUUUUCUGCAUGUCUGAUUCACUGCCGUUAAUUUAUCUGAGCACAGUAAUGUGAACCACCGCGAAGAUCUGACAUAUUUACUGACCGUUGUUGUACGCAAACAACAACUUAUGGGCUAAUCUUGCAACUUAUUUGCUGUAGUUUUUUAAUGUUUCAGCACCUGCUGACUGCACAGUGAAUACACUCACAUUAUUGCCUUCCAGGGGCUGACCAGAACAGUCUAGAUGCAUUGCACAGUUUCAUUUAUUCAAGAACGUAUUUUGUUGUAGUACUGGUUUCUUUAGUGAUUGGAUGACCUACAUUCUCUAGGCUCAGCCCUGAGAAGUUAAACUGCAGUCCUGACAUUUUUAGAUGUAGUGAAAAUGACUUUUCCAUGUAUAGAGGUACAAUAAGGAGAUCAGUGCAUACAUAUGAAGAUUUUAAUGCUUCAGAAAUGUUGUCAUGUAGCUACAAAAGAAAGAAAAUCUGUUUUUCCAAAGUAUUAAAUGGGAAAAGGUUUGGUUAAAUGUGCAGAAGACUUUAGCAAAGACAUCACACAUCAAUUUUCAAAUACUAUAGCUGGUUUAUAUUAAAAAUGAUUAUUUUCUUUGCAUUGAUUAGAUGUGAAAAAUCCACUUAGGUUUUAGACUACUGGCUCUUUCCUGUUGAUUGUACAUGUAUAUAUAGUAUAAGUGCAUUUAUAGAUCAUGUUUACAAGUUACAAGGAAACUUAAAAACGUCGGCAACCUUUAUUCUUGCUCAAGCAAAAAAAAAAAAUCACAUUUGUCGCUUGUUCCGUAGAUCAAGCACCUUGUGCACUUUAGUAACAUCUUCUUUUGUUCUCACUCAUUUUAACACAUUUGUGGAUAAAACUGUGUUCACUUAAGGAAGAGCCAAAAUUUCCUGUCUUUUUUCCACGAGGGAGGUAGAGAAUAUUCUCCAGUUUAGGUUUGAUCACAGUAAUGACAAUCUACCCUCCCACAGUUUUAAAUAAUUAGUACAUUGUGGGAUUUAGAGAAAUCAGUCCAAGCUGUGAAUGUGUAGCUGAUGCCUUAUAAAAUAUUCACACUACACACACUGAAUUUUCUGGCAGUGAAACUCCUGUAAGAUUUUCCAAAGUUCAUAAUAUAUUCAAAUAACAAUUUUGAAUGUAAAUAUAUAAUUGUUGCUUUCUGAAGCUGCUGCUGUCCUGCCAUGCUGAAUCUGUGCCUUUCCUGUACAAUGUCUUAUUUUAUAUUUUUACUCUCAAGAUUCAGUGGCUAGAUGAGACUAUAUCAAAUUUUGACAAAAAUAAAUGCAGUUGUAAAUACCA